AUGAUCCAGACAAUUAAAGCUAACAUACAUUUAUUUUCCAAGAAUGCCGGUACAGCUGCUAUUGCCGGUACAGUUGCUAGUGGCGGUACAGCUGCUAGUGCCGGUACAGUUGCUAGUGCCGGUACAGUUGCUAGUGGCGGUACAGUUGCUAUUGCCGGUACAGUUGCUAGUGGCGGUACAGUUGCUAUUCCCGGUACAGUUGCUAGUGUCGGUACAGCUGCUAGUGCCGGUACAGUUGCUGAAGUGCCGGUACAGUUGUUAGUGCCGCUGCUAGUGGCGGUACAGUUGCUAUUGCCUGGUACAGCUGCUAGUGCCGGUACAGUUGCUAGUUUGCUAGUGCCGGUACAGUUGCUGAGUGCCGGUACAGUUGUUAGUGUCGGUACAGUUGCUAUUGCCGGUACAGCUGCUAGUGGCGGUACAGUUGCUAUUUGUUUUGUGGCGGUACAGCUGCUAGUGUGCGGUACAGUUGCUAUUCCUGGUACAGUUGCUAGUGCCGGUACAGCUGCUAGUGCCCGUUAUAGUUGCUAG